AUUUGAAAGGAAACGUUUGGGUCCAAGUGGAAGGUUUAUUUAUAAGAAACGCUCACUAAAUGUUAGGGGGUCACGUUGCAGGCUGGAGAACUAUUAAGAAACCCCCCUCUUUCGAUUAUAAACCAUCCCUUGUUCUUUGUAUUCAUCAAUUCUUCUUUCCUAAUAAAAUCCAGGAGUUUCUGUUUGGGAUUUUUGUACCUUGACGUAUUUCCAACAUCAUCUUGUUCCAAAGAAUUCCCACGGCUGUGUUUCAGUGUCAUCCAUCAAACAAUCGAAGCGCUUCAGUUCCCUUCCAAGGAGAUUUCUCUGUGGUGGUCUCACUUCCUCCCUGCUGUGGCCGGCGUAGCGGCUUACUGAGCAAGCGUGCAGUUUUUAUGUGGAACAUAAACCGAUCCUUUAUUGUAGUCAUUUGUUGCCUUCCGCGUGAUUGCCCCGUUUAUUGGGGGGGGGGUCACAAAUUAAACGCAUCGCACGUCAAAUGUCAGCGGUGAAAAACCCUCACUACUGGUUAACGAAGUCAGAACCACCAACUGGGAGGAUCUGUUUUUUUUUUUAAUGAAGUGACGUAGAAAUUAAACCAACCCCCUGCAUGCAUGCUCUCACACACAGGGCUUUUUUUUUUUUUUUUUUUUUUUUUUUGGUCUUCUGCUUCUGUGGUGCAUAAAUACUCCAGCGGCUUUGCUGGGUUCAGACAGACAAGACAAAGCCCCUUUCUGAUCUGCUUUCAAGUUCAACGUUUUGCAUCGAGCCGCAGAGCCAAGAUGCGACUGUUGCUCCUGUGGCUCCUGUGCACCGGCCUUCGCUUCGCCAGCUCCGUGGUCGACCAGCCCAACAUCCAGACUCUAAUGGACAACGUGAUGGUGGUGCGCGUGCCUCACGCUCACGGCAGCAUGGUGGAAGUCCCCAUGACCUGUGGAGACCCUUAUCAGCACAAGGAUGUGUUUUGGAAGAGAAACGAGGAGGAACUGACGCCGGCUCUGCGGGGGAACCAGAUCACGGUGCUGGUGAAAGAGAUGAAGGCGGGAAACUACUCGUGUCACCUCAGGUCAAGCGGAGAAUACCUGAACCACACGCUGGUCCUGGUCCAGCUGGACCCAGACAACAGGACCGUCAUACUGGAGGAGAGAUCCCCCGAAGAAGGUUACAUCCACUGCUCGGCAGUGAACUACAAAGGCUCUUUCGGCUGCACCUGGAGGAAGACGCAGCACAGAUCCCACGCUGCCAUGCUCCUGGUGAAGGCGAGCCGUCACCAGGACGAGAUUUCCUGUGUGGUGAACGGCGACGGAUCAGGGGUUCGGUGUCAGGAUGUCAGCUGCCCUUACAAGGAGGAAAAACAUCUCAUCCACCUCACCGUUUACAUGCACAGCUACUCCCGCCUGGAGGCCUACACAAAGUCCUUCUACCUGAGAGAUAUCGUGCGGCCAGAACAACUCCCCAACCUGCACAUCAGCAGCGGCCAGGUGUUCAGCUGGGACUACCCGGACACCUGGGAGAAGCCCCGCACCUUCUUCGGCCUCCACUUCCAGGUCAAGGUCGUCCACAUCGGGCAAACCUGUAACAGCGACAACUUCGUUUUGAAGAACCACACUGAGGAUACCAAAUACGACGUCAACAUCAAGUCCAAGAAGUAUUUGUUCUGUGUGAGAGCUCAGGACAAAUACGCCCUGGGACCAUGGAGCCACUGGAGUCAGUGUCUAGUGAACAAAAACAACGUGGACUGCCAGAAUCUUUAACUGCCAGCUAAAGACAUCAAAGACGAGAAGCCGAGCGGAUAUAAAAACCACACAUUUUUAUAAAUCAGAUUUUACUUUUUAUUGAGUCUUGUUCAAAGUGAAGUGAAUGUAUACAUGUACAGUAUUUAUUCAUCCUUUAUUUAAGUUGCUUUUAGGGGUUUGUGGUGAAUGAAAAUCCUUUAUUGUGGAGAACUACAAUCAAAUACUGGUUCCCUUUUUGUACCCAUUUUUUUUCUAAAGUUGUUUUACCAAAAUGUUAUUCUUUUAUAUUUCAUAAUAAAAAUCUAGCAUCUCAAUCUCUUGUGUAUACCUUCAUUUGAUGUUUUAUCUUAAAAAGAGGUACAAGUGGAAUAGAUUUAAAACAAAGGCCAAUACGUCCAUAGCGGUCUGAACAAGUUCAUCCUAAAAUGCAACAAGUGCCAAGAAACCUUGAAGUCAUCGCAGGAUUCACAGCUGGCUCUUGGUCUGGUCAAUAUGAACGUGCAGGACUAGAAUAAUAAUCUUUAUUGUCAUUGCAAUAUACAUUCCAAGGAAACGUGUCUUCUGCAUUUAACCCAUCCUCUUAGGGAACGGUUGGCUGCCACAUUGUGUAGCCCGAGGAGAAUUGUGGUGUCUUGCUCAGGGACGCAGAGUGUCAGUCUGCGGGACCCAAGCCCAGAACCUCCAGGACUCAAGUACAAUGCUCUAACCCACAUGUGUCAAACUCAAGGCCUGCGGGUCGAAUCCAGCCCGUCAAGGCAAUUAAUC